GACAUCAUGGCUGACACGUUGGGUGACCGACGAAAUCAGGGGGCUGCCUCUCAGUCAGCUGUGAUAGACCUGGAUGAUGUGGAGGAGAUGCAGGACAAAGAUGAUUCAUCAGACUAUGACAGCAGUUUCUCUGAUUCUGACAGAGGAAAGAAGAAGGGGAUGGGAGAUGACAUUCGACAGAGGCUAGGCGAAAAUGUUGCCGCUAUGAUGUGGCAGUCGGGUAAACAGCAAGCGAGUAAGGCUUGGAAUCUCUAUGGUAAUAUAGAUAUUCUCCGCCCUUACUUCAAUGUUGAGCCUCAUGAAGUAAGAUCAAGGUUGCUGUGGUCAUUCAUUCCCCAGAGGCCUACAGCACAGAAACAGAGAGUUUCCCGAGAGUUGUAUGGACCUUUGAUGGUUAUCUUCACAAUGAUUGCCUUACUAUUGUUUCAAAUGAAGACUGCAGACCAUAGAGUAGAGGAGGGAACAUUGAUGGGCACUGCCUUUGGAGUGUGUUUUACUUACUGGUUUGGAGCAUCAGCAUUUGUUUGGUUCCUGUCAUUUGUCUGUAAUACUCGUCUCAGUAUGUUACAGAUCAUGUCCAUGUUGGGCUAUGGGCUGUUCGGUCACUGCAUGGUCAUCCUCCUAGGUACACUUAUUCAUACAUCACAUGACCAUAUCUUCUUCUACCUUUUAUGGGCAAUAAUUGGUGGAGCUACAACACUUAAAAUGGUUGGUAUCAUAGUGACACGGACAAGUGGACAAACACAAAGAAUUAUUGUUUGUGCUGCAGUAGCUACCCUACAUCUCCUCUUCCUCCUCUAUCUACACUUCGCUUAUCAUCAAAUUGUGGAAGAUCUAUCGCAAGCGUUCGGUGGUGGAGGUGUACAGGUUCCAAUUAAAGAAGUGCCAGCUGCCAUUAAACCUAAUGCAGGUGACCUAGGCAAAGCAGUAAAAGCGUCCAUUUGAAGACUGCCCAGCAAGGUCUUUCUGUGAUAACUGAUGUCUCUCUAAAUCUACAAAGUACUCAUCAUUGGAAACCCAUUUCAGGAGUUCAGGACUCAAAGACAUAAGCUCAGGGCUCACCCCUUGGGAUCUCAGGACAUACCUGUCAACAGGUCUUGUUCUCAAGCUCAUGACUCAACUGUCAGUAACAUUGGUCUCUCUUGUCAGAGGCUCCAUUCUUGUGUUUGGAGCUAGGGGCUCACCUUUCAGGAGCUUGUGACACCUGUCAAGAGCUUGAGGUAUACCUGUCAGGAAUUCAGAGCUCUGAACUCAUCUAUCAUUAGCUUUGGACUCCUGUCAGGAGCUCAUGACUAGCUUAUUAAGAGCUCUGGACUCACCAGUGAGGAGCCAGGACUCACCCCUCAGGAGUUCAAGACUCACCUGUCAGAAAGUCAAGUCUGACCUGUAAGGAGUCCAAAAUCACCAUGUAAUGUCACAAGCUAUAUGCAUAUCUAUGCAACCAGAAGAAUACUUUGUGUUUUAAAAGAGAUGAUGAGAUUUGUAAAGUUUAUUCAUCAAUAUUAAAUUAAUUUUUCAUUAUCUCCACAGUACAGUAUUACUUGAUCCUGUAAGCUCUACUGUGUGAGAGCUGUAAACAUGCUUAUUUCAGAGGUUGUCACUAUGGUAACCUUUAUGUUUAGUUGGUGUAUUCCUGGUGGGUGAUAUGUAGGUGGAAUACUUUACAUAUAUUAAUGAUUUUAUUUUCUGUGCAAUGAUAAAUAAAUAAAAGAAUGUUGUAUAAAAUGAUAAGUUUGGUUUGUAAAAACCUUGUUUUUGAUACAAGAUAUUAAUCCCUAUACACUGUGACCAUCCAUGUAUCUGGAAACCUGUUUUCUUGUAUCAUGUUUUGGAUAUUAAAUCUAACCAAUGAAGAGAACUAGUAAUUGUUUCAGAUUCAUCACAAAAUUUGUAUACAUAAAAUGUCCUAACAUUUCUUAUUUCAGUGAAAUAUAAGAUUUAUUUAUCUUUGGGAAUCUUGUACUUGUAGAAAGCAGGCCCUGUGUGGGACAGCAUAUUUUAUAUUUAUCAAACAACAUUGUGGGACAAGUACAGUUAAGUACUUUGUAUCGCUAUCAUUAACAAAUCAAACACUGGAUUGGAUGGCCUCUUAUAACAGAUGACUAUGUUUUUGUAUCUAUUCACCUGUAAAGUUUCUCUGUCAAAGACAGAACGAAACUGAAAUGUAAUUAUAUAUAAAAUACUUGUAAAUAAAACAUAAAACUUAA